CCAAUCAGCCUCUGGAGUCCUUCAGCAGUUCGGGAACUGGAAGCAGAAGUCCCUUUCUGAACAAGCCCUAGCUCGGAAGAAAAGGAAUGUGGUUUGGCCGGCUGCUGAGAGCUGAGGAGGAGCUACGGGGCAGGCAAGGGGGCAGGCUCGGGCUAGAGCGUCCUGUACCGAAGAGGGACACCUGGCAGCCCAUCUCCAGCAAUGCAGCCAUGCUCCCAGUGCGCUGAUCUCUCGGAGGCCCAUGGGGAGUCCGGAGCCAGGGGCUCCCCUCCUCGUUCCCUCCUUGCUGCUUCUCAUCAGCCUCUCUGGCUCUGCUGGGAUCAGGUCUUCUCAUUUGAACUGGUGGGGGCCCCGUUUUCAGUCUUCCCACAUGGAUGACAGUUUUAUCGAAAGUCCUGCUCUUGACCUUCACCAGCCUGGGGUCUUGUCCACAAGGUCACAGUGCUAUCUGGCCUGGCGAUGCCCACAGUGCUUCCACAUCCAACUUGAUUUGAAUCUGCCAGGUCUUCGAAAGCACUGCCAUCACUUUCUAGUGCGGAAAUAUCACAAGUCCCAUAAGUUCCAGCUCUGCAUGAGGCUCAAGAUGCCAACUGCUGCCCAGUGGAAGUGGCUGUGUGACUGCUGCCUGGCUAGACGGGGCCACCAUACUGCUCUCUCCUUCCCAGCUGUGCCCAGCUCUGGACUGCGCUUAAAAAGGACCCAGCUCAGCCCUCCAGAGCUGGCCGAUGGGACUCCACCUCGGCCUGGUUCCCUAAGGCAGAAAGGACCUGAGUUCUCAUUUGUGCUGCUGCUGGGAGAGAGGGCAGUUCAGGUCACAGCCCCCCCAGGUCCUGACAUCAGUGUGAGGCUGUGCCACCAGUGGGUUCUCGAGUGUGAGGAACUGAGCAGUCCCUUCCACAAACAGGAGACUGUAUCUGGAGGCCACAUGGUCCAGUUGCCCUAUGAGUUCCUGCUGCCCUGUCUGUGCAUAGAGGCAGCAUACCUGUACCAGGACAGUGUGAGGAGGAAGCAAUGCCCCUUGAAGGACCAGCCUCAAGUCUACAGCAUAGACUUCUGGAGGUCAGUGCAGUUCACUGACCACAGCUACCAGGACCAGAUGGCCAUGACCCUAACCCUACGCUGCCCAGUGAAGCUUGAGGCCUUCCUGUGCCAGAAACAGGGCUGGCACAGCACCUGUGAAAACCUUCCCAACGCCACAGUCUCUGAGUCAGAGGGGUGGUACAUUUUGGAGAAAGUGGAUUUGCACCCACAUCUUUGCUUCAAGUUCUCUCUUGGAAAUAGUACCCACGUCGAAUGCCCCCAUAGGAAUGCCUCCUCCUGGAAUGUGAGCAUGUAUGUCCAGUACAAACAACUAGUCUUGCACUUCUCCUCAAGGAUUCCAGCUGCUUUCAGUGCUGCUUGGAGCCUCCCAGGGAUGGAAUAUUACGCUCCACAGCUGCCUAUUUAUUCUGUCAGCCAGCCUCACGGUUCCAGCCCAGUGAAGUCAGAUCUCAUCAUCCCCUUACAGAGCUCUGGGGGCUGUGUUCUGGUAUGGCGGUCAGAUGUCCGGUAUGCCCAGAAGCACCUUUUGUGUCCUGAUGUCUCUCACAGGCACUUGGGGCUUCUGGCUCUGGGGCUGUUGAUGGGGGCUGCCCUGCUGGUGACCAUCCUGGCUUUGAACUUCCAGGGCUUACAGAAGCUGCUGACAGGCCCCGGUCGACCUAGGCCCGUGCUGCUGCUCUACUCUGCGGAUUCAGAGGUGCACCGCCGUCUGGUGGGCGCCCUGGCCGAGCUGUUGAGGGUGGCUCUGGGAGGCGGCGGCGACGUGAUCCUGGACCUGUGGGAGGGAGAGCGCGUGGCCCGCUUGGGGCCCCUUCCUUGGCUGUGUGGGGCCCAGGCCCGCGUGGCCCAGGAGCGGGGCACCGUGCUGCUCCUCUGGAGCCGGACCAGUGGCCACCUCUACCGCCGCUGGCGAGCCGGGGCCGGAGCCGGGGGCGCCCGGGACCCCCAGGACCUAUUCCUCGCCGCCCUGAGUUGCUGCCUUCACCCUGGCCCAGGCGCCGCGGAAGGGACUAGACCUCCACUGCUGGCCUUCUUCAGUAAGCUCUGUGCCAAGGCGGACAUUCCCCGGCCGCUGCGCACCCUCCCUCGGUUCCGCCUGCUCGGCGACUUGCCCCAGCUGCUCCGGGCCCUGGGCGCCGAGGAAGCUCGCAGAGUCCCGCGUUGGCUUGGGCUCCGGCCCCGGCCCCCAGAGCUCCAGGAUUGGCGGUGCUAUUUGCGGACCCGCCUGGAGUUGUGCCAAAGACUGGAGAGGGAGGCUGCCCAGGUUGAGCUGCCCACCUCGGACAGCGGCUGAUCUGGAAGGGAGGGAGAGAGGUGCCUUUGUUCCUCCUUCCCAGGGUGACUGUGAAGCCCAGCGUUAUGUGAAGAGAAGCGAGCUGACGCCAAAGGGGUCUCCUCCCCAUCUCCAAGCUGGAGGGGAGGACCCUGAGGAUUGAAAGAGCGCACAAAACGUCUGGCCCCUCCCCUCCCCGCAAAAGAAUUGGUGCUCUUACACCUCUGGCGAGGGCCUAGCUCACUGACUUCCCCAAAUCAGCAGCAUUCCAUUGUUGCCCCAUCCUUUCUCACCCCUUGCACAUGAAUUCUCGCUUCUAUUAAAGUGUCUUGGUCAGAGAUCGGAGGUAGUCUUGGAUUGCUCGGCCCCCACACCGCCCUAGUCUCCCGCUUGGAUAACAGUGAGGAGACCUUUUGCUCCAAGCUGGAGAACCCAAACCUAAGAUGGAGGAGGGGAGGGAAGCUGGUAUAGGAAGCAAAGGAUGGAGGGGUACAAACAGAUGCGACCCCACUGAUCUGAAGUUAAUACAAGAGCAAGUGUGUGUGAGCCCAGAGUUCCUGCCCCCAUCUCUUACCUAAGUAGAGGUGAUCUGUGAUCUUUGCCUGUUCAGCUAGCCUCCUUCCUCUGCCCCCAUUAUCCCCAAGGUCUAGGGAGGACUCCAGAGGAGGAGACUGAGUGAUGAACUUGGCUGGAGUGAGUAGUGCAGGCUACUUUUUACAGCUUGGGAAGGAAUGGGCUACACAAAGCAAACAUGGUGAACUUUGAUUACUUAAUUAUAGAAGUGAUAAUGAAACACACCUUCCUUUUGGAAGGGGGGGGGGUAGGUUACUGCUAUGCCUGUUAGUUUUACUUGACUUUUUGGGGGGAGAGGGGGGUUAAAAGUGAGAGUUCAAUUAAUGUGUGGGAUAUGUUUUUAAAAAGUCAUUAGAGGGGCGGCUAGGUGGC